AUGCUUGCUUCUGCAAUCACAGGCAGCGGUGGAGGCAAGGUUCCGCCCCUUCGGCCACCAGCCCAGGUCAGCCGCGCCCAACCCGGGGCACCGGGCGGGCAGCAGAGGCCCGGCGAGGGUCCCUGCUGGACGGUGGCGGGUCGCACCGCGCGCCCCAGGACGCGCCCUCCCUCGGUCCCCACCGGGCGGACGCGCUCCAGGUGGCCGGCCUGGGCGGCAGCGCGGCGGCAGGCUGACUCAGCCGCGCAGCAAUGCUGCGGAACCGGGACGGCCUGCCCCGCCGCCCCCGCCGCUGAGCUCGGGCCGCCCCCGCCGGCCGCGGAUCCCCGCCCCCGAGGCCCGGGAGGGAGGAAGCACCCGGGCGCGGCGCCGAGCACCUGGGCGGCCCGGGCGGGCGCGGCUUCCGGGGCUGCGCGCUCGCCGAGCCCAGCCGCGUUCCCGCCUCCAGGUGCGGCGCGGGGUCCGCCCGUCGGUGACAGCGCCCCGCGGGGAGCAGCCGGCGCUGCGCUGCCCGGGGCUCGGCGGCCGCGCGCGAGGCGGGCGAGUCCCCGGGGUGGGCUGGAGGCGGGCACAGUCCCGGGUGGGUGCGCGGAGGACGCGCUUCGGGGCUCGCACAGCGCUCGGGCUCUGGGUUGUGCGGCUUGGAUUGCGCUUGCUUCCCGCGAGUGGGCGUCGGAAGAGAAAGCCAGAGCCGGCUUGAGCAUACAAACAGAAAAUAACCUUCUAAAACAACAACAACAAACCAUUUUGAAAACAUUCUAA